AAUUGCUGUAAUUACCAAUAGUCGACUAUUUCAAACCACAAUUUAUCGACACAGACAAGAAUUUAUAUCACCUGACCAACCUCGUCAUUCAGGUCCGGAAGAAAGGGAUCCACAAAGAACAAGUCCUACCCGUGAAAAACCAUUGAGUGAAGGCCAUGCUAUCGAUAAAGCCAAGGAUGUUUUAGGAGUGAUGAAAGAUACAGCAGUCAGUGCUACUGAGAAGGUCAAAGACGUUUUUACACGAAUGACUUCACCUGCUUUAGAUGUUCAAUCUGAAGCUGCGGCCAAAGGACUUAAAGAUCAUACACAGCAAUUAAAAGAUAAGGGCCAGAAAAAUUUGGAAAAUGCAAAAGAUAAAGGUUAUGAUGCUAUGGAGAAUAUGAAAGAUAAAGGGCGUGAAAAUUUAGAAUAUGCAAAAGAUAAAGGUUAUGAUGCUAUGGAGAGCUAUGAUACUAUGGAGAGUAUAAAAGAGAAAGGUCAAAAUUUAGCGGAUAAAGCUUUAGAAGUUGAUUCUUCUAGUGAGAAAAGUGAUAGACAACGAGAAUCCAAAGAAAGAUUGGCUAAUCCGGAACCCGGCCGUCAUCCUAAAGGACCUGUUGAAGAAAUUAAACAGUCUGUUCGUGAUGUUGCUGAUACCACUAAGCAGACACAUAAAAAUUAUUAA